AUGGCUUGUAACACAAAGUUAUCUCUUUCUUGCCUACUACUACUUCAACUCAUCACAGGUUUGCAUGCUGAGAAGAAUAGCACAGCAGAACCAGAGGAUAACAAAAACAACACAGUACCACUGAGUUACACCAUGAGUCCUCUCACCACAGAUUCUUCAGACUACAAAGGUGAACAGUCUUCUGUUCCUCAACCACGCAAGAUCACGCAAAAUCAGAAGACAACACGAGAAAGAAUUCAAUUUAUAACUGAAGACAUUGACUAUGACAGCUAUGAGGAUGAAGAGGAUACCAGUUACAAGAAGCAUUUCACUUUGCCCCCACAAGUAUCUUAUGAAGCCUGCCCCUUUGACCGCUGCAAGCAUCUGGAGCUCCCAUGCAGAGAAAUACAGAAGCGUGCAGGGGGCAAAUGCCUUUGUCCAGGGAUAAGUGGACGUACUAUUUCUCCUGAUGCUCCACAUUUACAUGUCGUAACUCCUGGACAGAAAGGCAUCAGUGUAAGUUGGUGCUCCCCUCUAUCAACAGUGCAGGGAUACAGGGUGCUGUAUGGUGCUCCAGAAGGUCCACUGGAGCAAGGACCCUUACUUAAUCAAUCUUAUCGCAUCUUCUCAAUACCAAACCUUGUCCCAGGCACAACCUACAGGGUGUGUGUAGUGGCCAUAAAUGAUGCAGGAGAAAGCCAGGUGGAGCUAAAGGAUGAAGAAAAAGAAUGGCCCAGUCAGGAACGCAUUUCAGGUCCGUGUGGCAUUUAUAAUACCUAUGACCCCUAUGCAUCAUAUAUUUAUUUGGCAGUAGGAAUUGGUUUGGCAGUACUAGCAGGUCUUUUAGGGAUCUUUUCCUUUGUUUAUUGGUUUAGGUGUAGAAAGAGGAGUAGAAAAAUUAAAAGGGCAAUUGGGGAGGAGAAGGGGGUCACCAAUAUGUCAUUUAGGGCAGAAAGUGUUGAGAAUCUGUGA